AUGGAGGCCAUGCUGGAGGUAGAGGUAGAGGUAGAGGUAGAGGUAGAGGAAGAGGAAGACAAGAAGAGAGUUUUACGAAUGGAUGGAGAGGAGAGCCAGCAUGAGUUCAUUUACGUAGAUGAGGCUGGGUUCAACCUGACGAGAACACGAAGGAGGGGAAGAAACAUCAUUGGCUACAGGGCUAUAGUCAAUGUCCCAGGGCAACGUGUUCUGUUUCAUGUGAGGGGAGACGCUGCCUUAAUAUCCCACUCAGCGACAUAUGGUGGUCUGUGGGCGCAGAUUUCAAGCUAUCGAGCCGCUGCUUCUCCAAAGCGUGUCCACGGCGGACCUGGAGCGGACAGAGCCGGGGACGCUGAGGAAUGCGGAGCCGGGUUUUGGUCUUUUCCAGCUCACCUGCGGAAGUCUUCGCAGCCCAAACCAAAGAAUCGCUACAUUCUACUUUAUCGGUGCAUCAGAGAUAGGACACCCAGACUGAACAAACACGGGGUCAGGCUACAUAACCUUCUCCGUGUCUUUUCAUCCUCCAGCCGACCGACGCAGCCGGUGAGCACGCGAAGUACCAUGCUAAGGCAGAUCCUCCUCAACUCCACCGACACCCCAGACUUAGACCUGGUGCUCAUGGCCCAGUUCUCCACGCACGCGCCCUCCUCCCUGAACGCCUCACACGGCGGUUCGGUGAGCGUGGCCGCUCUUCUGAGACCCAUCGCGGGGCGAGGGGCAGGAGGGCUCCGGGAGGGCGAGCUCCACAAACCAGACCUGAUCACCUACAUAGUCAUGUGCCUACUGCUCUUCCUGUUGGUGUUGCUUAUUGUGUUCUUCAUCAACUGCCAGCUCCGGAACUCUUUCUUCGCCUCCAUGCCAUAUGACAGGUCGCUGAGAGAGGCCCGGACCUCCUACAAGUAGUAGGCUAGACCCCCGGGACUAAUCUCUAUGACCCUGGGUCUUUUGUGAGACUCCUGUGUGUAGGUUGACGGGUCACCCCUUAACUGCUGCUGUACGUACUCAACUCACGAAGUUGUUGCCUUUAUCAAAUGGUAACACUUUACUUGAAGGUAUCUACAUAAGAGUGACAUGACACUGUCAUGAACACAUGGCAC